AUGGCUGCUUUUCGACCGUUUUCGUCGCUGCUCGUCGGCGGAAACACACGACAAUUGUUGGCGAAACGAGGUGCCGCGCACUUCAACUUUCAGCCAAGCGAUGCGCCAAAAGAAUAUGGCGAUGUUCGACAAAAGAUGAACCUAUGCCAAGCGGUGAACAACGCGAUGGACAUUGCAAUGGACACCGAUCCGAGCGCCGUUUUAUUUGGUGAAGACGUGGCUUUCGGCGGUGUUUUCCGAUGCUCCAUUGGACUCAAGGACAAAUAUGGUGCUGAUCGAGUGUUCAACACGCCACUUUGCGAACAAGGAAUUGCUGGAUUCGGGAUUGGACUCGCCGUCGCUGGAAGCACAGCUAUUGCUGAGAUUCAAUUUGGAGACUACAUCUUCCCGGCGUAUGAUCAGUUGGUGAACGAGGCAGCAAAAUAUCGGUAUCGAUCGGGUGGGCUGUUUGAGUGUGGAAAGCUGACGGUGAGAGCAACGUGGGGAGCUGUUGGACAUGGAGCAUUGUACCACUCACAGUGUCCCGAGGCCAAUUUCACGCACACACCCGGCGUUAAGGUAGUAAUCCCCCGCGGACCCACACAAGCCAAGGGUCUCCUCCUCUCGUGUAUCCGUGACGACAAUCCGACGAUUUUCUUUGAGCCAAAGAUUUUGUACCGUUUGGCUGCCGAAGAAGUGCCCGUUGGUGACUUCAUGAUACCACUAUCAAAAGCUGAAACCGUCAGAAAAGGAAAAGACGUGACAAUCGUUUCCUGGGGUACACAAGUUCACGUUUGUCUUGAAGCCGCACAAUUGGCGCAGGAAAAGUUGGGAGUAUCGGCUGAGGUGAUCGACUUGCAAACGAUUCAGCCAUGGGAUGAGGAUCAUGUUGUGGAGAGUGUGAAGCGGACGGGCCGAUUGAUCGUAUCACAUGAGGCGCCGAAGACGAGCGGAUUUGGAGCCGAGAUCGCCGCUACCAUUCAGGAUCGUUGCUUCUUGCAUCUGGAAUCUCCAGUCAACCGCUCUUGUGGCUGGGACACUCCAUUCCCGCAUGUCUACGAGCCAUUCUAUUUGCCCACCGUUUGGCGUGUCUUCGAUUCAAUCAAGAAAACCGUCAAGUAC